UCCUCCUCCUCCGUCGCCGCCGAGCUGGAUCGCGGCCGCUCGAGCAGAGUUUUUCGAGUGGCAAACACAUUUGUUAACCCUGGCGUUUACAGAAAAAGAUGAAAGAUAUAGAUCUAGGAAAAGAGUACGUGAUACCCAGUCCUGGUUAUAGAAAUAUCAGGGAGAGAAAUAGCCUGAAUCAAAGUGGAGGACAAGAUGGGAUCAAGUACCGGCAAGAUAAAUACAAGGUGGACUGCCAAGAUGCCUUGGAGACAGCUGCCCGGGCGGAAGGCCUACCUUUGGAGAGCUCCGCAGAUUCUCACCUACGAGUGCUGGAUGAAGAGCAUCCCAAAGGGAAAUACCACUAUGGCCUCAAUCUGAUGAAACCCAUCCGGACUACUUCCAAGCAUCGGCACCCAAUUGACAAUGCUGGUUUAUUUUCCUACAUGACAUUUUCUUGGCUUUCUCCUUUGGCAAAAUUAGCCUACAAGAAAGGAGAACUGCUGACUGAACAUGUGUGGCCUUUGUCGACUCAUGAGUCUUCCGAGGUUAACUGUAGAAGAUUGGAAAGACUUUGGCACCAAGAGGUACAUGACUGUGGACCAGACGAUGCCUCCCUUUGUAGAGUUGUGUGGAACUUCUGUCGUACUAGGCUCAUCAUUUCCAUUUUGUGUUUAAUGGUCACACAACUUGCUGGCUUCAGUGGACCAGUAAGUACAAUCCAUCCUUUAUCUUACAUCCAGACUGGCCUCUAUCCCGCAGCCAGUGCUAAUGUCUUCAGGAUACAUUGCGGAGAAUCUUUUAGAUGUUGUGAUUAGUUAGAAACGUGCCUUGCAGCUUGCAGAGAAGAAAUAGGUCUUCCAGCUGCAGAAAUCC